AGAAAGCAUGUGACUACAGCAUGUCUCUCCUGCCGGGAGAGCAAGGUGAAGUGCAAUGGAGCGAUGCCGGCUUGCUCCAAUUGUCUCAACAAGCGCAAAGAAUGCAAGUACCAAGCUAGAGAUGACAGACGAAAGCUCUCCCUCCGCCUGGCCAUCGAGCUGCUAUCCGACAGGGUACGCAAGCUCUCGCAAUUCAUAGUCGAACAGGGCCUGGAAGUUCCCCCAGCCGACCAGGAAUAUGAAAAUACAUUGUCAAAUAUCUUGCAGAUGACAGGACUCUCCUCCAUGCCACCCAGCCUCGCAAGGAAAACCACAGACAGGGAGACCAGCACCCAGAGGGGUCCAGCCGCACAGCAGCUCGACCCGAGGACCGAAUCCUUGCCGAACACGAGCGCCCCGGUGCCCAAUGCGACGUACGGUGCGCACCCCUCGGGAGAUAUAACAGGUAAUCCGCUCCAGGCAAUGCAAGGCCUGCUCGAACUGGCGAACGCGGUAGAAAACAUGGAUGGCACAAUGCGUGACCGAGACAACUGGUCCUGGAGAGUAACGACAGCAGGGGCUAUACCAACCCCCCAGGACCCUCUGCCACAGGUGGCCAUAAUCCAGCCCAACUACGUGUCCUCGGUGGGCGACCUCUCAAGCCCGGCACAGCCACAACCACAAGCAAAUUCUUCUGGCGGAAUCCCGAGCUGUCCCUCGCUCGAGGUAGACGACGGGGCCACCAGCUCGACCGAGGGCGUCGACGAGCUGGCAGACCGGCUGUCUGAUCUGCUGGGGACCCUCCACGUCAGGCCGGGCGGCCAUAUACGGUUCUACGGCGCUACAUCUAACUUCAGCUUGUUAGAAACUACGGCUGCAGACGUCGGCAUGAAUGUCCACUGGACGGUACGCAACGACGGGAUCGAGCACCUCAGACGCCUUGGCCUUGACAAGAAGGUCCCACCUGAGAUCGAGCAGCACCUGAUGGAACUCUACUUUACGUGGCAGGACCCGUCGUUCCACGUCGUGGACCGCAACAUGUUUGACGAGGCAAUACGGGUAUGGGGGGAGCAGAUUGAAGAUACAGCCUACUACUCGGAAGCACUGAGGAAUGCCAUCUGCGCUCUGGGAGCUGCAUUCGAUGCGCGGCACCACCCGGCAUUUGUCACAUUCCCUAGGUCCCUGGCGGAUUUCUUUGCAGAUAGAGCCAAGGCUCUGUUAGACAUAGAGCUGGACUCUCCCUGUGUUGCGACUAUCCAGGCCUUGAUCCUGUUGAGCGCCCACGAUAUAGGAUGUGCUAGGGAUGCUAAGGGAUGGCUGUUCAGCGGUAUGGCGACUCGCUUGGCUUUUACUCUGGCAUUGCAUCAGGACCUGAAACCCUACGUGGUCAAAGGCGUAGUGAGCGAAGCCGAGGCUGAUCUUCGGCGGACUGUCUUUUGGGCCGCCUUUGUGGUAGAUCAUGUCUGGAGCUUCUACCUGGGUCAACCGUUCCGCCUGUCCAUGAAAGGCGUCAGCCUGGACAAGCCCGAAUUGAAUAGCCGCCCCAAGCCAGCGGGUCAAUGGACUCCUUACGUGCGGCCCACCGCUACACAGGCUCCUGUUCCUGUAGUAGACUGCGCAGAAUGCGUCUGUAAAUACCAGAUCCUAUUGUUUGAGGCCACGGCCCCCCUCAGUGAUGCCUCGCACGGUGGCAUAUUCAUUUCUCAGACAUCAUUGCAGGAAUUAAAUGCCCAGGCCGUGAAGAAAUUAUCAGACUGGCAGGAACAGCUACCCCUUGCGUUACGAGUGGAUCUAGAGGAUCGCGACGGCAUCUACCUUCCACACGUCAUUCUUCUGCAGAUGCAAUAUUAUCAGAGUCUUAUUCAUGCUUACAGGCCUUGGAUGUCAAAAACUCAUUCCGUCCACCAGCCACAGACGACGCAGGGUCCUGGUGCAGGCUUGGCCCGCAAGAUGUGCAUGGACUCGGCCAAAGCCAUCGCAAAGCUACUUCGUAUGUACGAGGACCGCUACACCCUUCGCAGGAUCAACAUCCAGGCCGUCGCGAUUACUUUCUCUGCCGCCCUGCUCCUGGUCUUUGCAACCGUGUCUCGCUAUCAGCGGGACAGGGCGGACGAGAUCCUCGCCGACCUCAGCGUGUGUUUUCGGGCGCUGGAUGAGCUCGCCCCGGCCUGGGACACCGCUAAGCGAGCUCGUGACUUUCUCACCCGACUACAACGUCAUUGGGAGCGACAGGCCAGG